CAAGGUUGCCCUUUGUUCAUUUCGCACCAAAGAAAGCAAGCAACAUAAACCUAGCAAGAGACUAAUCGUGCAUUUCUCAAACCCUCGCUUUACGCUGACCGAAGACACCCAGCUCACGGCCUUUGCGCAGAAUCUUCAAUCCAGUCCACAAGCCAACUCACAUUGAACAGCAGACCGAUAAUGAUGGAUUACGACCUCAAUCCGGAAGUGUUUCAGUACACUCAGUUGCCUGACGAUGACGGUCUUCCAUACAAAAGUCAAAUCGCAGAGCUUGCUCUCAAAUUCAGAAACGAGCACCCCGACCCUUCCUUCGACCACAUGCGUGGCAGAUGGCGGGUCACACGCGAGAGACACAACUGGGGCAGCAAUGCCGUCUACAGCGUUACCUGGGAAGACGGGAUCUGGGCGGUUCUAGUGCCCCUGGAAAUCGGACUCGAUGAGGACGGAAACCGGCUGGCAACAAGUGAGCAUGACCUGCAGCGGCAUCUCGAAUCCACCGCCAAGCUGAUGGAGUAUCUCAACUCCCACACCACAAUCCCCAUUCCAAAGGUAUUAACAUGGAACACCGGGCCCGGCAUUCCCUACAUCCUCACUGAAUACCCUCAAGGACGGAGCGCGAUAGAUCUGUGGUACGAGACGGCAUGCAAAGCCGCACAUGGAUUCAACACCAUCGAGAAUGAUACAAAACGAUACAAGCUGCUUUGAAGCUUAGCAGGUCACAUCCG